AUGGCUAACAUCACACAACAAAGACUGAACAACCUACUUAAAGCUCGCCUCGAGGCGCUACUGGAUGACGCAAAUAGGCAUGAACAGACCAUUCUUACACCAAUCAUUGUGUAUAUCGUUAUUCUGAUGGUGUCCGGACUUGUUGGAAACCUUGUCGUGCUUUACGUGUACACCUUCCGCUUCCGGAGGUCCAGUUCGCGUACCUUCAUUCUGUGCCUGGCUAUUCUCGAUACACUCACUUGUCUUUUCGGGAUGCCCUAUCACAUUAUAGAUAUGACGCAUGCGUACACAUUUUAUAAUGUUGUCGCGUGCAAAACACUUAGUUACAUCAUGGCGUUGUCCCUACUUUGUUCGAUUUACGUGCUGGUAUUGAUAGCGAUAGAUCGGUACCGUAAAAUAUGUAAGCCUUUUAAAAAGCAAAUAUCGGACAUUGGAACCAAAACUGCAAGCGCACUGGCUGUUGUUUUGGCGGCAAUAUGUUCAACGCCAAAUAUCUUCCUUUAUGGACACGCAACCAUAGAACUUCCGGGAACGCAUGUCCGCGGCGUGGAGUGCUUUAUCGCCGACAUAUAUACAGAAACCGUCUGGCCUAUGAUAUAUAAUGUAUUCUUGUUUAUUAUUUUUGUUGGCUGUACCUUGAUUUUAAGCGUCUUAUAUGUGCUUGUCGGUCUAAAAAUAUGGCGUCAGGGAUCAUUUCAGAGGGAAGACUCAAAUAGACGGAACAGCCAAUGGAAGUUCUGUGGCAGCACUUCUCCUCAAACAACACAGAUCGCAUUGUCGGAAUCUGAAAACCCCAGCCUCAGGGUCAAGGCCGUCAGAUAUCAUAAAACCAGUGACGUAGAUGGCAUACCAGAAAAUAAUGACGCAGCCAACACGCAAGGAGAACAAUUCGAGAUGGAUAUAUCUGAUGACGAGGAUGCCGUAUUCAGAACAAAAACGACAGAAACCUCGUUCGUAAGCAACCAAUCUGCAAUGCAUCAACAAAGAAAAAAUCAGAGAGAAAGCAAGAGAAUUGCCUUCCAGGCGGUGCGUCUUCACAAUAUGUCAACCAGUGACGACGAAGAUGCACCGUGUCAUUCCAGUACGAGGCGGACGGGAAGUCUAAGAUCGCGAAUGUCGUCCUAUCGGCGGAGCGUGAGUUUGUCUCGAAAGCAACGUCGCUCCCUGAAAAUCACGUGCAUGCUCUUUCUGAUCACGUUGGUUUUCGUGAUUUCGUUCUUGCCACAUCUCGUGCUUUUGAUUUUCGACGCCGUGGACGACAGUUUCUGGUGGAAUAUCUCGGACACCCAAAACAUUGUUUACAACCUCUUUCUCAGGACCUACUUCAUAAACAAUAUGGCUAACCCCAUCAUCUAUGGCUUCCUCGACAUCCGAUUCCGGUCGGAGGUCUGUCUCCUCUUUAAAAAGAUAGGUAAGUGUAAAUGGGACUCGAUAUUCGGUCGGUAA